AUGAUGGGUCUGUCUUUGUUGUCGAAUUUGAACGUUCUUGGUGUGGUCCUACUCGGAUCAAUUGGUCUUUGUGGUGCACACACUGAAAAGCCCUUUCUCCCCAAAGGUCUGGCAUUGGGUUCCAAGCCCACCUAUAAAACCAAGCCUUUCAUCAGCUUCACUCUCGACUCCAAGAACAACGUCGCAGUCCUCGACUAUGGUCAUGAAGUAGGCGGGCGGCCGUUCUUUGACGUGCAGUCACUCAGUGGCCCUGCUCAAAUCGAGGUCAAAUACACUGAAGCCUACCAUGGCUUGGAAGAACCUUUCAGCGAUGGCCCAUUGCUAUACGGAAACCAGCUAGCUAACAACUUUCGAAUCGAAACAUUGAAUAUUACAAAGACGGGCCGCUACGAUGUCUUUCUCAUCCAAGGUGGUCAGCGAUGGGAGUCUCUAAGACUCUUGACUGAGGGGAGCAUCAAGUUCUCCAACGUCGGAUUUCACGCUUCUUUUGCAAACGUCGAUCCGGAUAAGGAACCCGGUUUCUUUGAGUGCAGUGAUAAGCGACUCAACGAAAUUUGGAAAGCUGGUGUGCGUGGUGCGCAAUCUUCGUGCCUCGAGCAAGGCAGUCAGCCAUCUACUUGGCGCGUUGAUCCCAAGAAUGGAGUCCUCGUCCAGUCUUUGCGCCCCAUCCAGAGUGAGAAAUCGCCUGUUGUUGGAAAUCACACUCUGGAGUUUGAGGCCAAGAUUGUGAGGGGUGGGUUCUGGUAUGGAGUUGCCUGGGAAAUUGGUAAAGGGGGUGGAAUCGGCCUCCAAAUUACUGGAGACCUGCCAAAGGCGACGACAUUCAAGAACCACAACUACACGCUCUCCCCUCGAAACACUCUUCAAGUUACUUCAGGUUGGGGCCAAGUCAACCAGACUACCUUGCCUACUUACCUUCUAAAGACAUUCGACCUCCCAUUCCCCGUCCACGAGAACAAGUGGUACAAGAUCCGAACUACCCUCAAGAGCGGAUAUCUCAGCGCUUCCAUCGAUGGAGCCAAAAUCUUCAACAUGUCUCUGACCUCCUACCGUGUUUUGUUCAGAGGUCAGAUGAAACCCAUUACGCUCACUGGUCGCUUUGGUCUUGGCGCAUAUCAGGAUCAGACGGCUUACUACCGCAAUGUCAAGGUUCACAAUAAUGAUCUUGGCGCGCUUGUAUAUGAGAGCAGUCUCACCUCUGAUGGUAUCCUGGACGAGUACGGUGUCAGAGAGAACAUCUUUGCGGCCUGUCUUGAUGGACCAAAGCGUGACCGCCUUAUUUGGCUAGGAGACUAUUACCACACCUCUCGUAUCAUAGGUGUUAGCACAUCACGCUUUGACCUUCAGAGAGGUACCUUCGAGUCUCUUAUCCCGACGCAGAAUGAGGAUGGACUAUUCAGCAUGAGUGCACCUCUCGGAUACCAAGCCAAUAUCACAGUCUUCGCUGAUAACUAUGGGCUGGAAGACUAUCAGCUCCUCGGACUCUUGUCGUUGUACUACUACGUGCAGUCCAGCAACGAUCUCGACCUUCUCAAACAGGAGUGGAAGUACUUUGAGCGUGUGGUUGACUGGUCUGUUAGCACUAUCAACAAAACUGACGGUCUGGUCCAUCUCAACGGCGCUUUUACUGGACCUGCCGCGUCUGGUUCUUCAGUCUCCUGCAUGACUGCCCAGGCUCUCCAUUCCAUGGCUGAACUCGCGAGUGCGAUUGGAAAGACAAGUUCGGCCAAGAAGUGGAAGGACGCUGGCGAUAAGCUUACCGAAGCUAUUCGCAAGUCACUCUGGAAUGACAAACUUGGUGUUUGGAAGCUUUCUACAGCAAACGAAACCGACUUCUCCGUUACGGGUAUCUCAUUCUGCACCACAAGCAAGGUCGCUACUCGCACUCAAGCUACACGCUCUUUCAAGGCCCUGGAAAAGCUAGCUCUCGGUCCAGGAUACAUGGAUAAUACUCGUACAGACCCAGAUGCACCCACUGCUAGCAUCAGCCCCAAUACCAACGGAUUCCUUCUCCCAGCGCUCUUCGAGUAUGGUGCUGACGCGAAAGGAUCCAAGCUCAUCGACACACUCUGGGGUCCCAUGGUUGACGACAUCAAAACCUCCACCGGCGCAAGUUGGGAAUAUGUUCUCCACGACGGCAGUCCUGGUUUGGGUCUUUUCACAUCCCUCGGUCAUCCGUGGGGUGGCGCAGCUACAUAUGUGCUUACUGAGUGGGCAGCAGGACUUCGACCUGCACAGGGCAUCGAUGGGUAUGGGUAUAAGAAUUGGGUUGUCGGGCCAGAGAGUGGCUUGUCUAUGGGCUUGGAUUACGCACAUGGUCGUUUACAGACUGCCUUUGGGGGCAAGAUUGAAGUCACUUGGAAACUUACUAGCAAUAAGAAGAACAUGGAGGUGAGCAUUAAGGCACCGAAGAAGACUAGUGGCGUUUUUGUGUUCAAGGGGACGGAGAGGAAGUUGAGCGGCCAAGAACAGUACAGAUUCACUGUCAAAGUUUAG